AUGUCAUCCUCAUCGGACCCUCCCGUUAUUGCAGCGGCGAAGCAGAUCGCCGCGGAGUUCGAGUAUUCGUCUGUGGAUGUGAAUCGCGGGGUCAAGGAGUUCCUUUCGGAGAUGGAAACCGGACUGACAACGGACGGGUCGACUUUGAGCCAAAUCCCGUCGUAUAUCACGUCUGUGCCGGAUGGCAGUGAGAAGGGCGUCUACCUGGCGGUUGACCUUGGUGGCACCAACAUUCGUGUCUGCUCUAUCAACUUGAACGGCGACUCGACGUUUAAAAUGAUUCAAAACAAGGACGCUAUUCCACAGGAACUGAUGGUGACCAAGGCAGCGGCGGAACUCUUCGGAUUUAUUGCUGAGCAGAUAGAACACUUCCUCCAAGAGCACCAUGGAGAACGCUAUGCUUCCCACGUGGAGAAGAGAAAGAUGGGCGAAACUGAUGCCCAGCAGGAGGAUGUGUUCGACCUAGGCUUUACCUUUAGUUUUCCAGUGUUCCAAACGGCGAUCAAUAGAGGGACUCUGUUUCGCUGGACCAAAGGGUUCGACAUUCCGGAAGCGGUGGGUCAGGACGUCUGCCAGUUGCUACAAGAUGCUAUUGAUAGGCGACACUUGCCCGUUCGAGUUGCUGCGUUGAUCAAUGAUACCGUGGGCACGUUGAUGGCGCGCUCAUACUGCUCGCAGGGCCGUUCCAAAGCUCUGAUCGGCGCAAUCUUCGGUACAGGAACCAAUGGUGCAUACGUAGAGAAAUUGGCCCGCGUGAAGAAGCUCGAGAAUAGCGCUGAGAGCGCCUUCGACACUACGACGGGUGAGAUGGUCAUCAACACGGAAUGGGGCAGCUUCGACAACCCCCUGAAGGUGCUUCCGGAUACUGGACAUGACCAGGAACUCGACCGCAUCAGCGUCAACCCCGGCGUUCAGAUGUUUGAGAAACGGGUAUCGGGGAUGUUCCUGGGUGAGAUCCUUCGGUGCACCAUUAUUCACAUGACGAAAAAUCCCAGCCUGGAAAUGUGCGGCGGCCCAGCUGUGAUUCCCCCAGAUUCGGCUCUCUAUAAGAACUGGGGCAUCGACACCAAGUUCCUCUCAACCGUAGAAGGAGACUCGACGGAGGAUCUCCAGCAGGUGAAGAAGGAGCUCAAGUCGGACCUUGGGCUUGACCACAUCAGCACCACCGACUGCAAGGCAAUCAAGAUCCUCACGCAUGCCAUUGGAAAGCGUGCAGCGCGUCUCAGCGCCGUCCCGCUUGCUGCGAUCAUCAUAUCCAGCGGACGACUGGCCACGGACGAGCCGAUCGACAUUGGCGUCGACGGCAGCCUGGUGGAAUUCUACCCUGGAUAUGAGAAAUACAUCCGGGAGGCGUGGCGCGAAGUCCCUGAGAUUGGAGAGACGGGCGAGAAGAGGAUCCAGGUUGGCAUCGCAAAGGACGGCAGCGGCGUGGGUGCGGCGUUGGGGGCGCUGGUUGCGAGACAAGCAGAGCGGCGGAAGCGAGGGCAGUGA